AUGAAAUAAGCUUUAAUUUUCAAACAUGAAUCCCCACAUGUCAAAGCUGAUUUCCAUGAGAAUGAUACUAAAGACCCUAUCAAGAUUCUUCAAUCAAUUUAUGAUCAAUAUGAUGCUUAGUUUGUAGAAGAGAUUAUACUUGAAGAACUUGAAAUACCUGAAAUUACACCUGAAUUGAGAGAUAAACUUUAAGAGUUUCCAAAUGUUCAUAGUUUUGGCAUUAAUAGAUGUGGAUUAUAAAGUUUAACAAAUUUUCCAUCUUUUAAACAUUUAGUUAGAUUUCAGGCAGAUGGUAAUCUUAUUAAAGCAAAAUAAAUUGGAUAUUUAAAGAAAUAUACAGAAUUGCGAUCUAUUUCUUUGAUUUGUAAUUAGAUUGAUGAUCCAAAAAUAAUGAUCAAAUAUUUAAAGGAAAUGAAAAUUACUUAACUUAAUUUAUAUGGGAAUCCAAUGCAAGAUUAUUUUAAAUUAUUCUUUGAUGAAAUACCUUCUUUGAUUUACUUGGAUAAUCUCUAAAAAACAGGUGCAGAAGUUUAUUAUGAUUAUGAUGACACAAAUGAAUUGAGUAAAUAGGAUGGUUAUAUCUGUCCCAAUUAUAAGGAAUACAAAAGUUGA